AUGAGGAUAAGAGAAAAUAUAAAGAGAAAGCAAAGCAGACUAAAAAGGAGGUACCCAGAGCAAAGAGACUGGUGUGGGAAAAAUUGGGAUGUAGAACGGAAUAGUAGUGAGAAGCAAAAAGAUAUGUUCAAAAUUGCAAAACAAAUGAAGAAAGAGAAGGAAGAUAUAACUGGAGCAAAAUAUAUAAAGGAUGAAAGAGGAAUUAUCAAGAUAAAGGAGAAAGAAAUACUUGAGAGGUGGAGGUGCUAUUAUGAAAACCUGUUAGAGGAAAAUGAACACAACCUGGAAGAGGUGGAUAUGGUGAAAGUUCUGAUAGAAGAAAUCUCGGAGGAAGAGGUGAACAGAGCUUUGAAAGGAAUGAAAAGAGGAAAAGCGCCGGGUCCAACAGGAAUCACCAGCGACUUAAUGAAGAAAGCAGGUGUUAUAAGAGAAUUAACAUGGGUGUUUAGAGGCAUAAUUGACAAGGGAGACAUUCCUGAACUGGAAAAAUAG